AUGGUGCGGCAAGAAGAUGUGGACAACUUAUUUGCUAAACCUGGGACAGUCCGACGGCACUGCCUUCUUCUGAGUGCCUGUAUAGUGUUCGAUGUCACCAUCUACCCUUUGAUGAUUUGGUUUCUUUUCAUCGACGUCCCAGCAUUCCUGCAGGCCCCUCCACGCGAAGAAGAUGAACGCAUGUUUCUUUUCAUCAAGUUGGGAGCGGUUUGCGGCUUCACCUUCGUGGUCUGCAUGUACCAAGUGAUAUUGUUUGAUUUAUUUGGCCAACAUUGCUCGCGAAUGCGUCAAGCCUUGUCCAUGGAGCAGAAGCCAGUGCCCACCAGAGCAGAUGAUGCCGGCAAGCACCUGGAAGCUUGGGACACGAGGCCUGAAGAUGCAGCGAGCUCGACCAGUCCUCCGGAAGCGGAUAGCGUGAUGGCCCUUCCUGGGGCGCUGUAUCCACAGCACCUGGGGAUGCCAGCGAUUGAGGAAGCACCCGAAAGCAGUGUGGUUCAAAUGGCUCCUUGGAGCAAUGUGUGGGAUGGAUCGACAUGCACACGUGCAUAUUACCAGCGACUGUGUCGGCACAUCCAAUCAGGUGGCACCGUUCCAGAGUAG